AGCCUCCUUCAUGGACCCGGGAUCCUGAGAGGGGCUGCCUCAGCUUAGGAUGGGCAACUGUGUCAAGUCUCCACUGAGAAAGCUCUCAAGGAAGAUGCACCAGGAGGAGACCAGCUAUACGGUGGUGCAGACGAGUGAGGAGGGGCUGGCGGCCAGCGGCGAGCUCCCCGGACCGCUCCUGAUGCUGGCCCAGAACUGCACCGUCAUGCACAACCUGCUGGGCCCAGCCUGCAUUUUCCUGCGUAAGGGCUUCGCGGAGAACAGGCAGCCUGACAGAUCACUGCGGCCAGAGGAGAUUGAAGAGCUCCGGGAGGCCUUCAGAGAGUUUGACAAGGACAAGGACGGCUACAUCAACUGCCGGGACCUGGGCAACUGCAUGCGCACCAUGGGCUACAUGCCCACCGAGAUGGAGCUUAUCGAGCUGUCUCAGCAGAUCAACAUGAACCUGGGUGGCCAUGUGGAUUUUGAUGACUUUGUGGACCUAAUGGGACCUAAACUCCUGGCAGAGACGGCAGAUAUGAUUGGAGUAAAGGAACUGCGAGAUGCCUUCCGAGAGUUUGACACCAAUGGUGAUGGGGAGAUAAGUACCAGUGAGUUACGAGAGGCCAUGAGGAAACUCCUGGGUCAUCAGGUGGGACACCGAGACAUAGAGGAAAUUAUCCGAGAUGUGGACCUCAAUGGGGAUGGACGAGUGGACUUUGAAGAGUUUGUCCGGAUGAUGUCCCGCUGA